AUGAGUGUCAGAACCCUAAAUCUUGGCCUCCCGUCGGUCCGCUGCGUCUCGUCCGCCUCGGCAGGUACCAGCCUCAGACCGUUUACCUUGAACCGUCUUGCUCACCGCCGCGGAUUUUGUCUCGCUGCUGGGUGUCUGGAUGUCGGCGUCUCUGGGAAAUCCCAGCGACUCAGAGUGCUCUGCUUUUCCUCGAAGUCAUUGGACUCAUCCUUGGAUCUCCCACUACUUCCUUUCCAACCGGAUGAGGUGCUCGUUUUGCUUUUCCUCUAUUUAUGAACUGUUUUUGCAUAUCCUUUCUCCAGCGGUUGUAAUGCUAGUGUAUCGCCAGUGUACUAGCGUCAUUGUUUUCCAAAUGGCUGUAUAAUUCUGUUCCCAAUGUUUUAUGCUGGACGCAUUUCGGGGCUACUUUCCCGAGAGGACGGCAGCGUCUGUGUUCAUAGUGUUUUAUCCUCGUUAAUCCAUCCCCCUUAAUGGACGUGGAUCCAUGUUAUGACUCUGAUAAUUUCUCUACGUCGACUCCGUUCACAAGCUAGGCACGGCCUAUAAGCAUGAAAAUCAAACCAAAUGCGCAACAAAUGGUGGAAGAAGGUUCUAAAGACUCAACAUCAUUUUACUUUUGUCCGCCAAUUGGCUUUAUGCUAGAUGCGACAUGAUAAUACGUUAAAUUAUAUAUAAGUAUGAGCAGAGAUUCCUGUUCCUAAAACCCGAUUCAAACUUAUGCUUCAAGUUGACAAUCUCGAUUAUUAAAAGCAGGCAGAUGACUUGUAAUUUUUUUUGGUGGUUGUCAGGUUUUGGUUCCAUCAGAAUCCAAGACACUGCAUUUGUAUGAAGCAAGGUUUCUUGCAUUGCUGGAGGAGGUUACAUUCUUCUCUCAUUUCCUCUAAUUUUUUGUUAUCUUCUAUCAGUGUUUUGAACGAAAGGUCUUAAUGUUUUUCCCUUAUUGAAUGUGGAUCUUCGUGCCCACACAGUAUAAAGUUCAGUGAUGUGAAGUUGGAACCCAAAGGUUUUCAAUCUAAAUUUAAUGGGUAAAUGGUUUUCCUGGUAGCAAUGUAACUAAUCAACCAGUAAGUUGCCAUAAAGUGACGACAUAUUUAGUGUCUAUCAUUGGAAAUUAAUGAUCACGGUCUGUUUCAAAUUUUUCUGGUGCUGCUUUGUUUUUGAGAUUCUUGCUGUGGACCUGCAAGUUUUCUCAGCUGAGUGCUUAUUUUAGUUGUUUUCUUGUUGAUGUUAAUUUCUUGCAGUCACUAAACAAAGGGCAGAAGCAGUUUGUGCACUUCGUCCUGGACCCAGUUCCUUCUAGUGGAUCAUCAACAGGAGCAUCUUAUGCUGCUAGAUAUGGUUGUCUAGUUUAUAUAGAAAAUGUAAGCUUGAAUGUCACUGUCACCUCGUGAAGAAAUUCAAUAUUACAUCCCCUGCAUGUUUUUUGAUCUUGACCUUAAUGAUGAGGAUUUACCUUGCUUCCAUGUACCUGUGAUUCAAUGUCAUUUGUUUGUAAUCUCAUCACCAUAUAGCUUUGAUUUGUUUCAUUUUUUUUAAAUGUAGGUUGAGAAAUUGGAUAUUGGAGCUCUGGUUUCCAUUAGAGGCAUUGGCCGUGUUAGCAUCAUGAAUAUGACACAGGUACUCUACCAAGGUUUAUAUGGAAUUUAAACUUGAUCUUCUUUCUAUUGCUCGAAUUAAACGAGGUUUGAUUUUCCAUAAUAAUUCCUUUACGUAAUGACGCAUGAAAUUUAUCUUCGUUAAGGCAAAUGAAGACCUCUGGACACUCAGUUUCACAGUGUGUGAGAAACUCGAAACUUGCUCUUUAAUCAUUCAUGGUGAAGAAAGGCAAAAACAUGAUAUUGCGAGUAGGUUUAAAGAUGUAAUUUGUGACUUCUUGUGUUCGAGAAAUUGUUGUUAUCUUUCACAAGAACGAAAAUAAUUAAGAAAAUAGAUGACUUAUCGCAUCCUUUCUCAAAUCAGCUACUCACGAACCUGGCUGCAGUACACUUUCGCCCUUUCAAACUAAUAUAUAUCCAUCAACGUGACCUUAAACCAGCCUUACUCGUGACUCUUUAGAAACUUUGAGUUUUCUGAAAUUUGAUGAUAUUGAGCAUAUCAGAGUGCGGUAAUACUUGCUUUAUUUUCUGUGAGACAUUAGAAAUAACUGCUGAGCACAUUUGUUAUUCAUUAUUUAUUUUAAAUACGUGCAUUUUUUUUGUGAACUCAGACAGAACCAUACUUGAGAGGAGUUGCCAUACCAAUGCAAGACGGUACUGACGGAAGUGACAGUGAAAUCGUCUCAAAAGUUACAGCACUGAAGGAAUCUCUUGCUAACUUAAACAACUUGGAGAUUAAAUUGAAGGUGUUUGUCAUUUCUCUGAAAUCUUUUCUGGCAGUUGCUGCUCAAUUUUUUUGUUCCUGAUUACUCCAAAACUCCCAGGCUUCCCAGGAUGAGCCACUGCAAACCCGCAUAAGAAGCUCAAUGAUUUGGGCUGAAAAGGAAGCUCCUGAGGUUUACAGUCAGGCUUUCAUUCCAGGAGUAUCUGAGCGUAUAUCCUUUGCCGCACUACAACCAGUCUCAGGUAGAAUUUUAUUCCCAUCAAAGUUUAUUCCUUUUAUCUUUAUUUUUCUCAAGAAGGAGGGGUCGGUAAGCUCUCCAUAAUCAGCGUGCCCCCCUCGUCUUCUAUCCUUCUGCAUGACUUCUGAACUUUUCUUGAAAAUAGGCACCCCCUCUCUUUGCUCCUUUCAUUCGACUUCUUAUCUAUAAUUCCAAGAUGCAUUCCUUCUAUACUUCACUUAUUGGGUCCAAUUAGGAGUACAUCUAGGGAAGUCUCCACCAUGGCAACAUCUCUGAAACAAACAAAGAUGGUUUUCUAAUUUGAUGCGGAAUUACAAAGGUGUUCUUCUUUAGCCUUGACUUUGAGGAGUUUUUUCUUAUUUGAUAUGAACUUGCAGCUCUCUUCAGCAUUCAGGUGGUGGAAUACUUCUUCAUUGGAAUAUAAUUUAUGUAUAGUGAAUGGAUCGAAUAACUCUUGUAUUUUGUUUCAGCUUUUGUACCUCUCUUGUGGGUUUUGAUUGUCAUAAUUCAUCAAAGAACGUAAUGAGAUUGGUGAGCUUUGAUCUUUCACUACACCUCUAUAUAAAAUCAGAGUUCACCAAUAUGACUGCCUUCUAGAUAGAUUAUGGAAAUCAAAACCCAUUAGAGUAGUGAAAAGGUUGGAACAAGAUACAAGAACUAUUUGAUCCAAUCACUAGACAGAUUUUACUUCAAUAAAUAAGUAUUCCACCACCUGAAUGCGGAAGAGAGCUCCAAGUUCAUAUCAAAUAAGAAAAAAACCUCUUGGUGUUAGGCCUAAAGAAGAAUAAUUGCGCAUCAAAUCAAAAAACUAUUACUGUUGAUUACAGAGACAAUGUCAUAGUGGAAACUUUGUCAUAUUGACUCCUAAUUGGACCAAAAAAAUGAAGGAUAGAGAGAAUGUGUUGAGGCUCGGAAAAAUCCACUUUUGAUUUCAGCGAGAGAGUUGAAUAAAAGGAGCAGACAGAGUCAAUGCCUAUUCCCAAGAAAAGUGAAGAAAUCAUGCAGAAGGAUAGAAAAACAGCAAGGAUGCGUUGAUUAUGGAGAGCUAACCCACCACUCUUGCCGAGGCCACACCUCAUAGAGGUCAUGGGUAAAAAAACAAGCCAUGUCUAGCUGAGUAGUGUGACAUCAUAGUCUACUGCCUUUUGUGAAUAAGAAAAAAAAAGUAAAGCUCAGGCAUUUUUGAACCAUGAAGAGUUGGAUCAUGCUUCCUUGGCCCUGUACCCUCCCAACUUGGGCCCAUCCCCGACCCGGUCCAUGGUCGGAUGCUGAUGUACCAGCCUGCUCUGCUGAAACGAUAUGAAGAUUACAAGAAAUAGGAGAAAAUGACCCUCAGGAACAGAAACUAUGAGAAUAAACUUGCAACAUAAAAGAAUUAAAAAUCAUAUUGUUAUAUAAACAGUCAUACUCCUUUCUUUAACACUCGGUUUUAAGCUGUAUGGCUCAUUACCAUGUCAUUCCAUUAAUCGUGAUGGUUUUCCUUGGGAAUGUGCGGAUUUUCUUUAAAGAUCUGUUGGCACAUGAUGAUGUAUGCAAACAUGUCCGCAUUGGAAACAAUGUUAAAAAUGUUUUAAUUACUUGGAUUAGCCUACUCCCCCUUGUUAUGAAUUUCUUUACUUUGAUGGUCUAAUAUUCCAAUGCCGAUACUAGAACUUCAUGACAUCUGUUGUUCACCGCUUAGAAUUUCUUGGGUUAUGAGCUUUUUUACUAACUAUAUAACCUGGUCAUCAUUAAAACUAUUCGCAUAUAUUAGCAUGAAGUUGACCUAAAUAGACAAUUUCGUGUGUAUAUGCCAUGGGACUGAUAUCUAUCCACCAAAGAUGAAUGAUAGCUCACUUUAAUGUCAUUUGGCAACCCCCCCCCCCCCCCCCCAUCCCCAUGAUCAUGCCUCGAAUCAGUAGAACAUGGAGAAAAAAUAGUAGCAAUAAUGUUUGAAAAAAUAUUUAGAAAGUUUGUGACUCCAAGAGUUUAAAGCUUGAUUAUGAGUAAUAUUUUAGAAAUGCAAAUCCUGUUUGCUCCCCCAUCCUUCAUUACUUCAUUAUUUGAGAAUGAGUAGCUCUGAGCAUCCAUAUGUUCUUCCCUUUUUUCCCCUUUAGAUGCUAAACCUUGAAUUCGAUUAUUAUUACGUCAUAAAUCAAGUGUUUUGAAUAUUCUAUUUGUCGUUUCACUCUCUUGCAGGGUCAACGCAGACAGAGAUUCUGACCCUUCAGAGGCGAAAACUGUGGGCAAUGGCCACAAGGGACACGUCUAAAAGGCUGAACAAUGGGCUGCAGUUGGUCAAACACAACAUAGCCUUGAUCGCAGCCAAACUCGCUAUUCAGUCUGUUGAAAUCUGA